AAUCAUACAGAGGAUCCAAAUCUGGUCGCCGCGCCCGAAAUCAAGUUCCGUUCUUCGUGGUGUCUUCCCGCGCCUAGGGUUUCGGUACCGCGAGCUAGUGUUUCAUCCAUGGCAGCUACUUCAUUAUUUACGUCGAUAUGUACGGGCGGAUUUUCCAAAUUUUGGCAUCCAAAGAAGAUCAGCCGCUUCCCUUCGGCUCCUUUCCCGAUUGCUCCUGUGGUUUACUCUUCGAAGCCAAGGGAUAUAUCAAUCAGAAGCAGCUUUGACUGUGAUGCAGCGAUUGAUUCCGUUAGCGAGGCGUUUGAUAGGGAUAAAGAGCAGUUCGUGGGUUGGUUCCGGCAGGCGUGGCCAUACAUAAGGGGACAUCGGGGGAGUACUUUUGUGGUUGUAAUUUCAGGGGAAAUUGUGGACAGUCCUUUCUUGGAUAGUAUUCUCCAGGACAUUUCACUUCUUCAUGGUCUAGGGAUCAAAUUUGUACUCGUUCCUGGGACCCAACCCCAAAUUGAUAAACUUUUAGCUGAGAGAGGAAAUGAGGCCAAGUAUGUUGGUCGUUACCGAAUAACAGAUUCUGAUUCAUUAGAGGCAGCAAUGGAGGCAGCUGGAAGAAUUCGUCUUACAAUAGAAGCAAAGCUUUCUCCUGGUCCACCCCUAUUAAAUCUUCGUCGACACGGUGAAAACAGUCGCUGGCAUGAAGUGGGAGUCAGUGUUGCUAGUGGGAAUUUUCUUGCGGCCAAGAGAAGGGGAGUUGUUGAAGGAAUUGAUUUUGGAGCAACUGGUGAAGUGAAAAGAAUAGAUGUCUCUAGAAUUCAAGAAAGGCUGGAUAGAGAUUGCAUUGUCAUUGUAAGCAAUCUUGGCUAUUCCAGUACAGGAGAAGUUUUAAAUUGCAACACUUACGAAGUUGCAACCGCUUGCGCCUUAGCAAUUGAGGCUGAUAAGUUGAUCUGCAUUGUAGAUGGCCAGAUUCGUGACAAUAAUGGAUGGCUAAUUCGUUUCAUGACUCUCCAAGAUGCUGAUAAGUUGAUCAGACAGCGAGCUAAGCAAAGCGAAAUAGCUGCAAAUUAUGUCAAACUUGUCGGUGAAGAAAAUAUUAGCUGUGCUAGCUCUCUUGAUUCAACUAGAAUCUUGUCUACUAUAUUGGAUGUGACAGAUAGCACAAGUAACCGUCCAAGGUUCCAAAAUGGUGUUGGUUUUGACAGUGUAAAUAGUCUAUGGACCAUGGAGCAGGGAUUUGCUAUUGGAGGUGUAGAGAAAGUGAAUAGAUCAAAUGGCUAUUUAUCAGAAUUGGCUGCAGCAGCUUAUGUGUGCAGGGGUGGAGUGCAAAGAGUACAUGUAAUUGAUGGCACGCUUGGUGGCGCCUUGCUGUUGGAAUUAUUUACAAGGGAUGGAGUUGGGACUAUGGUGGCUAGUGAUGUCUAUGAGGGAACUCGGACAGCUAGAGUGGAAGAUCUUCUUGGUAUACAGCAACUUCUUCAACCUUUGGAAGAAUCAGGAACACUAAUUCGGAGGACCAAUGAAGAGCUUUUGAAAAUUUUGGAGUCAGGUUCAUUUGUUGUAGUAGAGCGAGAUGGUUCAGUUAUAGCCUGUGCUGCCCUUUUCUCUUUUUUCAAGGAGAAAUGUGGUGAGAUUGCUGCCAUUGCUGUAUCCUGCCGAGGGAAUGGACAAGGAGACAGACUACUCGAUUAUGUUGAGAAGAAGGCAUCUUCCCUUGGGCUUGAGAAACUUUUCUUGUUGACCACCCGUACUGCUGACUGGUUUGUGAGACGUGGGUUCAAAGCUUGUCCAUUCGAGUCGAUUCCAGAAGAAAGGAGAAAACGUAUAAAUCUGUCAAGAGGAUCCAAAUAUUAUAUGAAAUAUCUGCAACAUGAUGCUGGUGGAGUUCCCAUUAAUAAUAGCUCUAUUUACAGAAAUGCAUCCAAAACACUGGCUCGUAAGGAAAGUACAAAAAUUACAAUCAAGAACGACCCACAAAGAAAAGACCAAAAAUCCCAUCAUGAGAAGAUCAAAUGACAUUGUUGGCCACAUGCAAAUUCCUUUGAUCAGAAUUCAAAACUAAUCUUUGGAGUUAAUGCAUCAAGCAGCCCUCAGAUUACAACAUCGCCAGACUCCUUGUAAGAGAAGGGCCCCGAACUAAAUUUUGAGCUACCUAUCAGAUUACAACAAUCCAUCUUUUACUCAACAACAUUCACCUAAUUCUAAUAACAAGAACUCAUCUAAAACCUGAACAAAUCAGCCGAACAGUAAA